GCUCUUAGGAAGUUACUUAAGAGCCAACUUUCUUGUCGCUUUUCCUGUGUGCCUUGGAGGAAGUAGCAGGGCGUACAGCAAAGCCUGGCCAGGGCCCCCCUGCAGGGAGUGCAGGGCACGCACCAGACUUGAAAAAGCUGAGAAUGUCAGAAACCUCCACGGCCACUUUUGGGGGCAGGAGAGCAGUGCCACCCAACAACUCCAAUGCUGAGGAAGAUGACCUCCCUAUGGUGGAGCUGCAGGGCCUGGUGCCCCGGGGUGUCAACUUGGAAGACUACCUUAAUGUCACAAGUGUUCACCUGUUCAAGGAGAGAUGGGACAGCAACAAGAUAGAUCACCACACUGACAAGUAUGACAAUAGCAAGCUGAUCGUACGUAGAGGGCAGUCUUUCUACAUCCAGAUUGACUUCAAUCGUCCAUAUGACCCCAGGAAGGAUCUUUUCCGGGUGGAAUACGUCAUUGGUCGCUACCCUCAAGAGAACAAGGGAACAUACAUCCCUGUGCCUGUAGUCCCAGAGCUACAAAGUGGAAAGUGGGGAGCCAAAGUUGUGAUGAGAGAGGACAGGUCUGUCCGGCUGUCCAUCCAGUCUUCCCCUGAAUGCAUUGUGGGGAAAUUCCGCAUGUACGUUGCUGUCUGGACCCCUUAUGGUAUACUCCGAACCAAGCGAAACCCGGAAACAGACACUUACAUUCUCUUCAAUCCUUGGUGUGAAGAGGAUGCUGUGUUUCUGGACAAUGAGAAAGAAAGAGAAGAGUAUGUUCUGAAUGACCUCGGGGUGAUUUUUUAUGGAGAUGUCAAUGAGAUCAAGAGUAGAAGCUGGAGCUAUGGUCAGUUUGAAGAUGGCAUCCUUGAUGCUUGCCUGUAUGUGAUGGACAAAGCACAGAUGGACCUUUCUGGGAGAGGGAAUCCCAUCAAAGUCAGCCGUGUUGGGUCGGCGAUGAUUAAUGCCAAAGAUGAUGAAGGUGUCCUCGUUGGAUCCUGGGACAAUAUCUAUGCCUAUGGCGUCCCUCCAUCAGCCUGGACUGGAAGUGUUGACAUUCUCUCAGAAUAUAAGAGUUCUGCAAAUCCAGUCCGGUAUGGCCAAUGCUGGGUUUUUGCUGGUGUCUUUAAUACAUUUUUACGAUGCCUUGGAAUACCAGCAAGGGUUGUUACCAAUUAUUUCUCAGCCCACGACAACGAUGCCAAUUUGCAAAUGGAUAUCUUCCUGGAAGAAGAUGGGAACGUGAAUUCCAAACUCACCAAGGAUUCAGUGUGGAACUACCAUUGCUGGAAUGAAGCGUGGAUGACAAGGCCUGACCUUCCUGUUGGAUUUGGAGGCUGGCAAGUUGUGGACAGCACCCCCCAGGAAAACAGCGAUGGCAUGUAUCGGUGUGGCCCCGCCUCUGUUCAAGCCAUCAAGCACGGCCAUGUCUGUUUCCAGUUCGAUGCUCCCUUUGUUUUUGCAGAGGUCAACAGUGACCUUGUCUACAUCACAGCUAAGAAAGACGGCACGCAUGUGGUAGAAACCGUGGAUGCCACCCACAUUGGGAAAUUAAUUGUGACCAAAGAAAUCAAAGGAGAUGGCAUGAAGGAUAUUACUGAUACUUACAAAUUCCAAGAAGGUCAAGAAGAAGAGAGAUUGGCCCUAGAAACUGCCCUGAUGUAUGGAGCUAAAAAGCCUCUCAACACAGAAGGUGUCAUCAAAUCCAGGUCUGACAUAGACAUGGACUUCGAAGUGGAAAAUGCUGUGCUGGGAAAAGACUUCAAGCUCAUCAUCACCUUCCAGAACAACAGCCCCAACCGUUACACCAUCUCAGCCUAUCUCUCAGGCAACAUCAUCUUCUACACCGGGGUCUCAAAGGAGGAAUUCAAGAAGGAGACAUUUGCUGUGACGCUGCAGCCCUUGUCCUUCAAGAAGGAGGAGGUCCUGAUCCAAGCCAGCGAGUACAUGGGCCAGCUGCUGGAACAAGCGUCCCUGCACUUCUUUGUCACAGCUCGCAUCAAUGAGACCAAGGUUGUUCUGGCCAAGCAGAAGUCCACUGUGCUGACAAUCCCCACAGUUGUCAUCAAGGUCCGUGGUGCUAAGGUAGUUGGUUCUGACAUGGUUGUAACAGUUGAGUUCACCAAUCCAUUAAAAGAAACUCUGCAAAACGUCUGGCUCUACCUGGAUGGUCCUGGAAUAUUGAGACCAAGGAGGAGGAUGUUCCGUGAAAUCCAGCCCAACGCCACCGUGCAAUGGGAAGAAGUAUGUCGACCUUGGGUCUCUGGUCCUCGAAAGCUGAUAGCCAGCAUGACCAGUGACUCCUUGAGACAUGUGUACGGCGAGCUAGACUUGCACAUUCAAAGACGACCUUCUGUGUAGAUGCACAGGAAGCCAAGAUGGACCCAGCCUCCUGUAGUUGUGGCUAAGAAAAUGCUAAUGCAAAAAUAAUCAGCUCUUGCUUUAACUUAGAUGUCAAGACCCAGACAGUCUGGAGAGUGCUGACGCCACAUAUUUCAAAUACACACUUUUCAAAACCUAGGCUAUUCAGCAUGGAAGUUAGUUUUUUUUAAUGGCUCUACCUUCCAAAAGAUUCUGAGCAUUAGCUUUAACUAGGUUCUAAUUAAGCUUUCAUGGCUUGUAAGAGUAAAAGUCAUCAUUUAUCAUCAUGAAUGGCUGCAGCUCCAAAUAUCAGGGGUCCCCUAGCAGGAGGAUUUGAUCGAUACUGAGACUUGUGAUUCCCCACCUAGUCUUUUGGGGUAACACACUCCUCGAAAGGGAAGGAAACAUGUCAUUUGGGCCCAUGAAGUCUAUUCCCCUUUCUUAGAAUCAGGUUCUACGCUCUGUAUCAGAAUAUUUCUCCCAGGAAUUGAAAGCAACAUCAUUUUUCUUCUUGGCAAAGCUAGGGAAAGGUCUUCCAUCUUGCACCUGCAGCCAACCGACUGCCUGCCAAAUUUCACAGAUUUACCUUGUGAGAAGAUGUGGUCCCACAUUAGCAAAUUACAUUUGUAGGAAACUUAAUCACCUAAGAGGAGAUAAGAAAGCAGGUGCAGUAUACAGGUCUAUUAAAUAAUGUAGUUUUAUGGUGCAUUAUAUAGAAGGUGUCACACAGUGGCCUGAUCAGCAGGAAAUGAUAUCCCCUAGUCUAACCCUUUCUGGUAUAUAGUAAUAGAAAGUAAAGAGGCUGGUUUGGUACUGAAUAAAUGAGGAAUUAGUCUCCUUAAUUAGUGAUUAUACGUCACCUGCCUGUCUGGGAUCCUUCACACAGGGAUGCAGGCUCAGAUCCUUUUUUAGAGAUAGAAUAAAUCCAACAGGUUGAAGAAGCCAGCAGGUCUUGUGGCCAGACAUGUGGAAGGAUGGUGGCCACUGAUUUUCUCCUGUCCUUCUCAUCACCCAUGUUGGGACCUUGGCGUGGCACUCAGGUGCUGAGAGGUGACAUAGACUCAGCUUUGCAAAUAACCGGUGCUGAUUCUGACCCAAGAACAAAAGAAUGACAUUAUUUGUAUUAUGCUCAAAGGCACCAAAAGACAAGGCUACCUGGUAUUUAUUUGCAAGGUUGAUUUAUGUUCAGAAUUUCCCACUGAUAUGCCUAAGAUGUGAUAUAGGUCAGCAGACUGUGAUUCUUAGCAAAAAAUGAACAGCACACUAGGGGGAAAGCCAAAUGGAAUACUCUGGUAUAUAUAACUUCUAAGCCUUUGAGAUGGUUCCUGAGCCUUCAGCACUAACCUGUGAGGGUUACUGGUUCCCUCUGUAGAUGCAUCGUACACAGCUCCACUAAGUCACCUCCCAGCAUUUGCCAAGCUUCCCAAUUUAAAAAUGAAAUGCAUUUUUCUAGCCUGUUUAACUGGCUUAACUUAGUAUAUUUUGUAUUAGUUAGAAUGUAAUAGAAGCUUAAAAUAAAGUUGCUCUGAUUAUAUU